CCCUCGCAGUCAGAAGAAGUGCGUCUAUUCUUCUUUGAUUGCCCAGGACCAUAUGGUCCUCUCAGGAGGAGCUAUUUUUUUUUCUGAUAAAAACUUAUUUUCUGAGCUGAUUUGUAUCUACUAGGAACCCAGUCUAUCUGUCCCACCAAUAAGGGAAGCUUCAAGCCCCAGAAGACAUUUGGAAUUGGGCUGUUCUAGUGUCCUGCUAUUUUUGAAAAAUACUACUAGUAUGAGUAUGUUCAAGUCCCUGGAGAGUAAUGAUUCACUUUAUAUAUUUUUCCCAGCUGGGUUGAGGUCCUAAGGAAAUCCUUCUGUAGCAGAAUGGGGAGAAAACAAAGGAUGUUUCCCAAAGAAGUUGUCCAAGCUCCUCACACAGACCUCUGUUACCAGGCCAAGAUGGUGUGGUUACCAUGCCCACCACAUCAGGUUUCACCACUGUGGGAACAAGAACCCGACGUGAGGGCUGAGCAGAUGUCCAUCAGGCCCCAAGAGACAAUCAUCCAACCAAUGCCCCAUCCCCGCCCCAGGACUGAACCGGUGCCCUCACUACGUUUGAGACAUCCAAUUAUAACCAUCCAGACACCCUGCCCUCCUCCAAGAACAGUUGUGAUGCCACUGCCCCAUCUUCGUCACCAGAGUACACUAAAUAAAGCCCCCUCGAGUUCCAAGCACCAUGUGGUCACCUCGGCCUUGCCCAUAAGUAGGCCUGACAUCCCAACCACCAAGCCUGCUGUGACUCUGACAUUCAGCAAACAGUGUCCUCCGCUACGCCCCAUACCUCAGCCUGAUUCCACUGGAUCCUAACCACCACUCAGAAGCUUCUUCUGGUCCUAACCAUUUAACAAAGAUUUUCCCAAACUGUGGCCAACUGGCUGAGGACCUAAGCCAUCCCAAACAUCAGGCCCCAUUUCCAUCAUUUGCUGCAAUUCCACCAGGUGAUCUUCCCAGAACCAUGUUCAUAGCAGUACCCCAAACACGCCCUAACCACUCAGUCACAGUCUCAACUGUACCAGUGAACCCCAGUCAACAGACUUUGCCUAAGCCCAGGCAUCGGAUCAGGGCCACAAAUGCUCUUUUAGGAUUUUUAAAAUUGGAACCAAUGCUUCAUUCAGCUGGCUCAAUAUCCACUGGUCCAAACCACUGCUCCAGAGACACAACUGGCAAUUGGACCACCCAGCCCAACAGACCUUCAUCCUUGCAUCCCAACCUUCUAUGCCCUUGGAAAACAGUAUCAGUGGUCUAUCGCAAUGACCACCUUCCCAAAUCUCUGGAGGUGCCUUUAUCACAGCCAGAUCAGAAAACCAGGACUGCACCUGCAUGCGGUCCUCAUCAGCUACAGCAGGCUGGGGAUGCAACAGGUCCUGUGGCCCAUGGAUUAUUACAAAUGGAAAAAAAGCCCUGUGAAACAGUGCCAGUGAGAACAGGCCAAGAUCAAGGGACAAGACAACUUCCACUCAACUUACACCUCCAAGACAAAACUCUGCAUGUCCCUGACUACCAGGUGAUACCUCCUCCCCAUCCAGAGCAUCCUUCAUGUCCUAAUGCCCAGGUCUCACUUCAAAUGGAACAAGAACACAGGAAAACAAUGCCACUGGGAACUGGUAACCAGGCCCCGAACCUUACGGGACAGGAUCACUGGGUCAUCCCUCCUUUCCUGGGCAUGGAUGGCCAGAAAACAAUUCUUUUUGUCCCUCACUAUCAGGCCACACCUCCUCCCAGCCCUAACUAUCAGGCUGAGGACAUACCAGGCUCUGUUGCUUAUACCUUGAAAGCUGUGCCACCAAGAAUACGGCCCCAGGCCACAACUAUUGGUCAGGAUGGUGGGACAGCACCUCCAGUGGUCUCUCAUAAACAAGACAUCAAUCAACUGGGCACCAUGCCCCAAGCUACAGCUUCUCUCACCUCUGACUACCAGAGUGGGAAAGUGACACAUCCUAAUGCUCAGCUGACAUACCAGUCAGAUUUAGAACUAUGGGGAGCAAUGACAGGGGGAACAGACCACCAGAACAUGAGUCCCUUUGGAUGGGGUUAUGGGGCAACCUCUCCUCCCCAGAGCACAAAGAGCAGGGCAACAAUCCCACCUAGCUUUGACCACUGGACCGCAUCUCUACCCCAACCUGAAUUUCAGACUGAAGUUAAUCCUGACCCACACCAAGCCAUCCUUCUAGCCAGCCCUACUCACCAGCCUGAGGAUAUACAGGGGGACCCUAAGGCCCAGGUCUCCCUUCAGGAAGAACUCAAACAAUGUGAAACAAUACUAGAGGAAACAAACCAGCAGACCCCAAACCCCACUGAUCAUGACCAAGGGGCAAUACUUCGUCUGAGCACUGAUGACAAGGAAACAAUUUCCCCUGGCCCUGACCACUGCACCAUGUUACCGCCCAGCCCUGACCUCCAGGCUGAGAAUAUUCCAGACCCUAAUGACCAGGAUUCUUGGCAGCUGAAGCUAGAACACAGUGAAACAAUAGAGCCAGCAACAAAGCAGCAAUCCAAGAAUCCCUUUGGUGAGGACCCGGGGGGAACACUUCUUCCUUUGAGCAAAGAUAAACAGGAAACAACUCCCUGUGGGCCUGAUCUCCAGGACGUGUCUCAUCAUGGCCCAGACUAUCAAACUGAGGACAUACGAGAUGCCAGUGAUCAAGAUUCAGUUCAACCAGAACAACACUGGCAAAUUGUCCAACCUGGACCAGAUCAGCAGACCACAAAUCCCACUGACCAAGAUCACAUAGAAAUAAGUCUGAUUCUGGGUCCAGAGAACCAGGAAACAAUUCUCUUGGACACCGACCACCAAGCUGUACUUUCUCUUAGCCCUGUCUUCCAGGCUAUAGAUACAGCAAACCCUGGCACUGGGGUCUCAUGUAAAACAGGACAGAAAAACAAGGAAAGAAUGCCACUAGGAAGUGAACACAAGGCCACAACUCUCCUAGGCUAUGAUUUGGAAGCAACAGCUCCUCCACCGGGCUCUGACCUCCAGGAUAAAACCCUGCUUGGCCCUGGAAACCACAGCUCACUUCCAGCCAAUACUGAUCCAAAUGUGGGUACAUCAGGGCCAGCGACUGAUACCCUGAUGCGACCAGAACAAGGUUUCUGGGAAACAAUGCCUUUGAGAACAGAUCAACAGGUCACAGAUACAACUGGCUGUGAUCACUGGGUAACACCUCCUCCACCUGGAUCUGACCACCAGGCCACAUGUCCUCCCAGUCCUGACCUCUCUGGAGCUGUCAUCUCAAUUCAGAAAGAACAGGAAGAAUGGAAAACAUUGCCAAAAGAGAUCAGCCCCCAGGAUGCUCUCCUUUCAGAAGUGGAUAUCAUGCUCACACCCACAUUGGGCUUAGACAGCUCCCAAGACAAAACUCCGCCUAGCCCUGACUACAGGGCUACCUCUUCACAUAGCCCUGAUGAUCAGGCUAAAGAUACAAGAGAUCCCAUUGCCCCGACCUGGGUUCACACAGAGCAAGAGCCUGGGGAAACAGUGUCACUGACAAUAGACCAGCAGGCCAUGACUGCAAUGGGCCAGGAUCAGGAGGCAGCCACACCUCCCCCACACUUGGAAUCCCGGGGCACAGCUCAAUGUGGCCCUGACUGUCAGGCCAUACCUAUGUGUAGCCCUGACCACCAGGAUGAGAAUACAGCAGCCCUGGUCUCACUUCAGCCUCUAGCUAAUAUAUGGGAAGUAGUGCCACAGGAGAAAGACCAGCAGGCCACAAUUCUAAUGGACCUGGGAUUUAGGACAUCACCUCCAUUGCUGAUACACCCCCAGGACCCAACUCUGCGUGGCCUUGACUACCAGACCAUACCUCUUUUCAACCCAUCAGAAACUUUCUCAGAUCCCGAUCCUCAGAAUGCACCUCCAUGGCAUCCUGAGUGCUCAGCAAAAUGGUUAAUGGGUCCAGACCCCCAAGUCCCACACUCAACCAGUCUUGACCCCCAAGUCACUCCUCUGCCCAGUUCAAACCAGUCUGAAGCUAGAUUAGACUCUACCAAGCCCCAGGGCACAACACAAACACAGCUAUGUAAUCAGGAAACAGCUCUACUAAGCUUCACUAAGCACGGGGCUGUACUGCCCUCAGGUCCUGGUCUGCAGACUAAAUGUCCCAGAGGUCUUGGCCCCCAGGCUGAAGUUGGACCAAACGUUGACCCCCGAGUUGAUAUUCAAUCGAGACUCCAAUGCCAGACCCAGCCAGUGCUAAAGAGAAAAGCCUCCUGUUUAAAUUACAUCAAGCCACACACCGUGGAGGGGGGGAUUGUCCCCGACAGCAUAGUCCAGGCCAUCAUCAGUUCCAUCCCUCAGGAGAAAAUAAAAAAUGAUGUCUAUAAACAAAUUCUUCUACGAAAGAUGAAGAAAUUCUCCCCUUACAGGUCUAGCCGAUACAAUUCAUCUUAUUAUCCUGUCUGUUUACUUUGUGCAUCCUGGAUCCCAAAUGGCUGUCCCCAUAAGGGAAUGAAAUACCCAUCUGAAGCACAGUUGCUGGCUGUACCUACUCCUAUGCCUGGUUUUGAGGAACUGGGAGUGAGAUUUGUCCUCCAAAUGCCCCAUUUGGCAGCAUGCUCCUAUCUUGACUUUCCUUAUUCCCACUAUAGUCUGCAAAGGUACCCCUAUGGACCACCAGCUUUUUCAGCAUCAUCUUACUCUGAGCUUGGGCUCGCUAGGUCUUCUAGGCCAAAGUGGCCACACUUCAUACUUGGCAAAGCUCACCAGCCAGGGGAGACAAGCCAAGACCCAGAAUUCAUAAGGAAAAUGCCAGUGAGGAAGCACAGCCCCAGAGAAGAAGAGACUGGGAACGGGAGGACAUUUUUCAAAUCUCUGCUAGAGAGAUUUCAGUGGAAGCUGAAAGAUUAA